AUGGAAUUGAUGGGUUGGUUUCAAUCUCCACAUCUUACUGGUGGUGUAAGUAACCAUGGUGAUCCAUACCUCAUGACUGGGCGAGUUAUUCGGCGCCUUGUCAGCUUAACUGACCGAGUCAAGGACCUUGUUGGGGAAUACAACCGAAGGACCUCCCUGUACGACUCCAACGACAACCCACAAUACACCGAAGAGGAGGGAUGUACAUACCAAUCAUUUCAGCAAUUGCUGCGCUGGAUCCCAACCAUCCAUGGCCUCAUCUCCUCUCAAACCAAUGGACAUCAACUAAAUCUUGCAUAUCAGAAAGUAAGCCAUGUAAUGUGCCAAUUAAUUUGGGCCGAUUCAGCAAGGGGCGAUGACAUGGCUUCUAUGAAAUUAGCGGUGGCUUCAUGGCUGAACAAGAGUUCCCCACCCCCCAACCCUCCAAUCCACUCAUGCGACAAGACAGGACGUGGUUUUUAUAAUGAUGCGACUGCCAAGCUUCUGUGCCCUGUGGACCUCAACUGGGCUGAUCCUGUAGAUGGAGAGUAUGACCGGGAAGACCCAACCAAAGGGCUCUUCAAAGGCUCUUUUCUCAUCAGGACUUUCAAACACAUCUUUAUGUCCCCCAGUUCUGCAGCAGAUGCGCGGCCUGAUGAAGAGCUUCCCGUUGAACCGUUCCCUAAACAAUCCAGGACCCAGGGCGAACGUCGUACUCGAUCUGAUCUACGGUUUGCUCUCUCAAGCUGUGGCUCCUGGCGAAACAUUGAUGAUGACUUUGAACAUGACCAAUUUUAUGUCUACAUUGUCGACUACUUUGAGAAUCCGCCAACACCAACAGCCAAAGCUUCUGUUGAUGCGCUUCUCGUAAAGGUUUUUGGCCCCCGCAGUGUGUCCACUUAUUCCCCUCAAGUCGCGGCCCACUAUUCAGUUGCUAAUACCUCUGCCAAACGCCACUGA